GGUUUUCCCCAUUUUCCCAGAUAUGGGAUUUUCCCAUGCAUGUCAACAAGCCUAGCUAGCUAGCUACCAAGCUCUGGACAAUGGCUGAAAACGUAGAUUCUGCAAAAUUUUUCAUGGCUCAUCAUGUAGAUUUUGUGAAAUUUCUAAACGUUGAUGAGAUGAUACCCUUUCUAAACAAGCAAGCACUACUGACACCAGAUGAAAUGGAAACACUGUGCUUACAUCAAACACGAAAGAAGAAAAUUGAAUAUCUAGUUACAAUUAUGGGCAUAAAAGGGGAUCCAGCUCCCUUUUUGUUCAUAAAGUGUGUCCGUGAUGCUAAAGAACAUCGUGCCCAUCCUAAACUAGCCGAUACAAUGGAAAAAUGGCUUCAAGAACAUCUUGUAGGGACAAUGACCAUGAAUGGUUCUGAAACAUUGUGUUCUGAUGGAGCUCCCCAAAAGUCACGAUCACACCAACGACUAUCAAAUCAUAGAUCUACUAGAUCUAGUAACGUCAUUUCUGUGAUUGAUGGCAAUGUUAUUACUCUCCAAAAAGCUCGACGAGUUGAUCGUGAGGUAUGCAGUAUUAUAAAUAUCAACACAACUUCUAGUACAACACAAGAAAAUGAUUUGAUGGAAUGUAGCACAUCAGACUUAGAGUCGCAGCGCAUUAAGGAGCAAUGUGUAGUGCAGACAGUAAAAGUACCGAUUCAAGAAAAAACCAAGACUACCUCAUUGGCUAAUCGGAAGAAGCCUUCUAGUUUGGCCGAUGGUCUCCCCGCUCACCUUCCCAUAUCUUCUCAUACGACGAGAUAUAAUAGCAGCGUCGUUACUGCAGGACCUUCCACACAGAGAGCUGCAGGCUAUAGAACACCAGUAACAAAAAUCAAAGUCUCCCCGAUAGCCAAAACCACUCCUUUCCUUAGUGCUCAAAAACCGAUAGAAAUUGAAGCUGAAUCCAAUUUGUCUACUGUACCACCACUGUCUUUUAUUGAAGCUGCCGAUCAGAAUGCAACUUCAUUUGCCGUUACCCUGACAGGUACAACAUCUGUGAGAGUGUCUGCCCCGACUAGUAUCUUCACUACCAUGGGCAAGAGGUCAAAGGUCAACCCUCUGCAGGAAACUGAUGUGCUCUGGAAAAAAGAGGGUGACGGUGGUAGUAAAGGGGAAAACCCGCUGGGGACCCAGUACGAGGACCCUCCACAGAGCAAAAAGUACAAGCCAGUGCUGUCGGGAGAUGGGCUCAUUGUGUCCAGGGCCAAACCAACAGUGAAGGUUCCCCGGAUGGGAAAAUUUGCUCGCAUAGCACGGUCAGAAUAUCUUCAAUCUCGUGGGUCCCCUGAGGUCAUGGAAGUAGGCGAGGGUAGCCGGGAAACCCACCCUCCCAUUUCUCACAAGGUGGAUGUGGAUGUUGUGAACCUUGUGAAGAAGAGUAACAAUAAGUGUGUGAAAGGGAAAGGCAAUGGCCGACCGAGACGCGUCAAGAAGAUACAAAAUACAGGUGGAGAUUGCGUACCUUUCGUUCCCAGCCCUGGCGAGAUAUGUUCCCCCCUCCAAUGAACUGCUCGACGGUACAGUCGUAAUUGAUGAACAGAGAAGUAGUCGAGGUGCUCCUACCAGAGAGAGUAAAUCAGAAGAGGAGUCUCAAUCUCAAAACAUCUUCACACUACCAAAAACGAUCCGACAAAGAAGGAAGAAAUGACCAUGCACUCUCUGAGAACAGUACGUAUAUUUAUGGACAGUAAUUAAAAACUCUGCUAUAACAUAAUCAUUAUUGUGUGAAAGACUCUUAUAUUUUUUUAGACACAAUCAACUGC